AUGCCUUAAUGCUUCUCAUUGAUUGUUAUCAAUAACUCUUUAGUGCAAGAAAUAGAGAUGCUUAAAGACUAAUAAGGAAUAUUUGAAGAGUAUAUGUUCACAGCGUUCUUCUUCUAACCACUUAGUGAUUAACAGAUUCAGAAAAUAGUCCUAGAGAGAAUGAGAAAACAACAUGGUCAUGAGUUCUAUCUUGAAGUAGCAUUUGGAAAGAUGUUUGACCAAUUGUUCUAAGAAAUAAAAUCAUAUACAAACAAUCUCAAUGAAUACGAAUAUUUUUUCAAAUUACUCUAUCCUAAAUAUACUGAGAAAAUCUCAUUAGCUCCUAGUGAUGAAGAUAAGUUACUAAUGCUCUCGAGACCUUUGUCCAAUAGAGCGUUCUUAGAAAGUGUUAAAGUAGUGAUGUCUUCUUUAUUCAUGCAUUUAGACAAACUUGAGGACAUUCAAAAUGAGUUGAAUUAAGAAGAUGAAUAAAGGUUUUAGAAAGAUGUUGAGAUGAACAAAAAUUCUACGAUGCAUACACAGAUAAUAGUUGGUCAAUAGUUACUGCAAUAAAAAGUUUUUGAUUGCAAAUAAAUAAAUUAACUUGAGAAUUUCAAGAAGAACAUAAAUUUCAGCUUCAUGCAAUCAAUGUGCCUUAUAGCUGCUUAUCUCGCAGGAAAGAAUAAGGAGUAUUUAGAUCAGAGAAUGUUUGGAAGAGGAUCAAACGCUAAACUUAGAAGAAUAGGACCAGGGAAGACUGAAGCUAAAAAUCAGCCUAAUCAAAUGCUGUUAGGUAAAACUAAAAAAUUUCAGUAUGAGAGGUUUGCAAGCAUAAUAGAUUAUUUACUAUCGCUAGAUGUGCAUGAAUGCAACGAGGUUAAGUCUAAUAUCGGAAGAUCAAUUGAUUUUACUGCAUGUAUUAAUUCAAUGGUAGAUGAAGGGUUACUCAAGAAAAGCUCUAUUAAAAAAAGUGCCUCUGGUGGAGGUGAUGGGGGUGACGAAUUAGUAACAGUUGCUUUCAAAUGCAAUUUUGAUAAAAAUUUCAUUUAAGAUGUUGCCUAAAAGAUUGAUUUCCCUCUAGAGGAUUAUGAUUAUGAAGAUAGUAAAUAACAAUGCAGUUGA